GACUCCUACACAUUAUAUUAUCACCUAUCUUUUGAAAAGUGGCAACCGGCAGUAUGAUGGUCGAUCCGUUUGAGGUUCGCAUGCGCUUCACUUUGCAGCUGCAGCAUCUGAAUGCUUCCGUCACGUCGUCGCAGAAAGCCGCGCAUUAUGCGCUCAAAUAUCGCGAUCUGGACGAGGACCUUCACUCGUGUAUAUUGGAACAGCUUGAAAGGAACAACAUGAACAACAGGGCCAACAUCAUGUAUUUCAUCGAGCAAUUUUGCGAAAUGGCCACCAAAGAAGAUCACUCUCCUUACGUCCGGAUGAUCCAAAGAGACAUCCUGCGAGUCGUCGACGCCGUUGCCCCGGCAGAUGGGUCAGGCGCAGCGAAUGUAAAACACGUGCGUCGGGUUCUGAACGGCCUCCAGACCAAGGCCAUCCUCUCCGCGGAGACGGUAGCGGAAAUCGACGCGGGACUCAAAGAACGAGAAACUCACCCAGCACACCUCGAUUUGGAAGCCGAGGAGGGACCCGAAGGCAGUGGGAAAUCGAAAAACGGGACACCUCGUGGCUCGAGGGGCAGCGGGAUGCGGGUCGACAAACGGCAGAUCGAACAGCGCAUUGAAGAAGACCGGGAACGAAACAAGCGUCUCCGAGAAAGCAUGUGGACUGUGAGUGGAGAUGAUGGUGAAGAGCAUGCAAAAUUCUGGGACGAGACCAGUGAUAUUGGAGAAGAUGAUUUCAUUGCUGCAAAUGAGGAGUUCACGGAACGCACGCAAAUGAUAACGGCUUGAUAAGGCAAAAGUACGCUAUUUUAGCGCAUUUGUUGGCGGCGUUUGAUUUGCCAUCCUGAUCACUCAUUAAUGCGCAUGGAAAAAGUACUUAAAAUCUUUGGGGAUUGGAGUUUUGGAUGUCUUCAUAUACAGCACGGAGCUGGUUUGAUGUGAUGUUUGUGAGUUUAUACUUCUAGGACCGGGUUUUGAGCGAUAUCCUUCUUAUUUUUAUAUGGACUGCAUGUGAGAUACCAGAAAAA